GAAAUCAAAUACGAAUAUGAAGGAAGAUUUGAGGAGAGAGAUGAGAAUUGUAGAAUGUAAGAGCCGAAAGGACAGCAACUUCAUCCUCGCCAACGCCCAGGUGGCUCAGGGCUGCCCCAUCGUCUACUGCUCGGACGGCUUCUGCGAGCUCGCGGGCUUCGCCCGGACGGAGGUCAUGCAGAAAAGCUGCAGCUGCAGAUUCCUGUUCGGCGCGGAGACCGACGAGCACCUGAUGCUCCAGAUCGAAGCGUCCCUGGAGGGAAAAACGGAGUUCAAAGGGGAAAUCGUGUUCUACAAGAAGGACGGGUCUCCAUUUUGGUGCCUGUUGGAUAUUGUCCCCAUAAAGAAUGAGAAAGGGGAUGUGGUCCUUUUUCUGGCCUCGUUCAAAGAUAUAACAGACACGAAAGUGAAGAUUACUCCAGAAGAUAAAAAAGAAGACAAAGCCAAAGGACGAUCAAGAGCAGGAACCCACUUUGAUUCAGCCCGGAGACGAAGCAGAGCGGUCCUUUAUCACAUCUCCGGCCACCUGCAAAGAAGAGAAAAGAACAAGUUGAAAAUAAACAAUAAUGUUUUUGUAGACAAACCAGCAUUUCCGGAGUAUAAAGUUUCUGACGCAAAAAAGUCCAAAUUCAUACUUUUGCAUUUUAGCACUUUCAAAGCCGGCUGGGACUGGCUUAUUCUGCUGGCGACGUUUUAUGUUGCCGUGACGGUACCUUACAACGUUUGCUUCAUUGGCAACGAUGACCUGUCGACGACGCGGAGCACAACAGUCAGUGACAUUGCAGUGGAGAUUCUUUUUAUUAUAGAUAUUAUUUUAAAUUUUCGAACAACCUAUGUCAGCAAGUCUGGCCAAGUCAUCUUUGAAGCAAGAUCAAUCUGCAUCCACUACGUCACCACCUGGUUCAUCAUCGAUUUAAUCGCUGCCCUGCCGUUUGACCUCCUGUAUGCUUUCAACGUCACAGUGUUGAUAACCAAGCGAUGGUUAUGUCCACCUGCGCUGUAUCAGAGUUCUAGAAAGUUCUGUUCAGUCCCAUACGCAGGGGAAAAGCUAAGUCUUAAGGCAGAUAAGCACUCAGAGGAAUCAAACGGUCCUCCCCGUCUUUCUCUUACCAACUUCCGGGAACUAUGUCAAGAAAUGACACAGAANUCCAUGUUCGCCCUGCUGGCCCACUGGAUGGCGUGCAUCUGGUACGUCAUCGGGAAAAUGGAGAGGGAAGACAACAGCCUCCUCAAGUGGGAAGUAGGCUGGCUCCAUGAGUUGGGGAAGAGACUGGAAUCGCCCUACUAUGGGAACAAUACCCUGGGUGGGCCGUCGAUCCGAAGUGCCUAUAUCGCUGCUCUGUACUUCACGCUCAGCAGCCUCACCAGUGUGGGGUUUGGGAAUGUCUCUGCUAACACGGAUGCAGAAAAGAUCUUCUCCAUCUGCACCAUGCUGAUUGGCGCCUUGAUGCACGCCCUGGUGUUCGGGAAUGUGACGGCGAUCAUCCAGAGGAUGUACUCCCGGUGGUCCCUCUAUCACACCAGGACCAAGGACCUGAAAGACUUCAUCCGCGUCCACCGCCUGCCCCAGCAGCUCAAGCAGCGGAUGCUGGAGUACUUCCAGACAACCUGGUCAGUCAACAACGGCAUAGACUCCAACGAGCUUCUGAAAGACUUCCCCGACGAGCUCCGCUCGGACAUCACCAUGCACCUGAACAAGGAGAUCCUGCAGCUGUCCCUCUUCGAGUGCGCCAGCCGCGGCUGCCUGCGCUCGCUGUCCCUGCACAUCAAGACCUCCUUCUGCGCGCCCGGCGAGUACCUGCUCCGCCAGGGGGACGCCCUGCAGGCCAUCUACUUCGUCUGCUCGGGCUCCAUGGAGGUGUUGAAGGACAGCAUGGUGCUGGCCAUUCUCGGGAAAGGAGAUUUAAUUGGAGCCAAUCUAUCAAUUAAGGACCAAGUGAUCAAGACCAACGCGGAUGUGAAGGCGCUGACCUACUGCGAUCUCCAGUGUAUCAUCCUCAAAGGGCUCUUUGAAGUGCUGGACCUUUACCCAGAAUACGCUCACAAAUUUGUGGAAGACAUUCAGCAUGACCUCACAUACAACCUUCGAGAAGGUCACGAGAGUGAUGUGAUCUCAAGAUUAUCAAACAAAUCGACAGUCUCACAGUCGGAGCCCAAGGGAAAUGGCAGCAUCAAGAAGAGACUGCCGUCCAUCGUGGAAGACGAGGAGGAGGAGGACUUGGGGGAGGAGACGGCCUCCCUGUCCCCCGUCUGCACCAGGGGACCCGCCUCUUCUCGCAGCAAGCGGCCUGGAGGCGGCAAGAGCUACCUCGGCUUGAGCUUGAAGCAGCUGGCCUCGGGGACCGUGCCGUUUCAUUCACCUAUCAGAGUCUCCAGUUCAAACUCGCCCAAAACCAAACAGGAGACGGAUGCCCCAAACCACGGCAAAAGCAAAGAGAAGAACUUGAAACUGCAGCUUUCAACCUUGAACAGUGCUGGACCCCCAGACCUCAGUCCAAGUGAAUCGGAGCCCAAGGGAAAUGGCAGCAUCAAGAAGAGACUGCCGUCCAUCGUGGAAGACGAGGAGGAGGAGGACUUGGGGGAGGAGACGGCCUCCCUGUCCCCCGUCUGCACCAGGGGACCCGCCUCUUCUCGCAGCAAGCGGCCUGGAGGCGGCAAGAGCUACCUCGGCUUGAGCUUGAAGCAGCUGGCCUCGGGGACCGUGCCGUUUCAUUCACCUAUCAGAGUCUCCAGUUCAAACUCCCCCAAAACCAAACAGGAGACGGAUGCCCCAAACCACGGCAAAAGCAAAGAGAAGAACUUGAAACUGCAGCUUUCAACCUUGAACAGUGCUGGACCCCCAGACCUCAGUCCAAGCACAUCUCAUUUUCACACUGCCGGCGCUCAGCGGCUGUGGAAGGCUAAUGGCUACCAGGCUCUGAUGUCCUUGUACCCAGAGGUUGGAGCUGCUGUCCUCUUCAUCAAGGCGGAGGAGACGAAGCAGCAAAUAAACAGACUCAACAGCGAGGUAACCACGCUGACUCAGGAGGUCUCCCAGCUCGGCAGGGACAUGAAGACGGUGAUGCAGCUUCUCGAGCACGUCCUGUCGCCGCAGCAGCAGUCCCGGCUUUGCUCUCUGCACACCGCCUCUCUGUGUCCCUCCGGUUUCCAGGGCAGGACGGCCUGGAGCACGCACCAGCCCUGUCUGCACUCGCAAGCCGCCGGCGCCGCGCACAGCCCAGCCCCGCUGUGCCAGGGGAGCGUCACCCCCGACAGAUGGAGCGCGGGGCCCUCCUCGGCGGGCGGCAGCCCCCAGCAGACGGGCGCCCAGGAGCAGAGUCCGGCGGGCGGGGAGCUCCGCGCCUCCCCGAGCCUGGACCACGCGCCUGCCCACUGCCCGGUGGUCCAGGAAGGUCGCCUGCAGUUUCUCAGGUGCGUCUCCCCGCAGUCGGACACGACGCUGACGCCGCUGCAGUCCAUCUCGGCCACCCUCUCCUCCUCCGUCUGCUCCUCCUCAGAGACGUCUUUGCACCUGGUUCUCCCCAGCAGAUCGGAGGAGGGCAGCUUGGGCCAGGGCGCUGUGAGCUCCUUCAGUCUGGAAAACCUGCCGGGAUCUUGGGAGCGGGAAGGACGGGCAUCCGUCUCCACCGAAGCCCUGGAGAACUUUCCCCUGGAAAUGGUCGCAAGCACAGCAGAAGUGAAAGAUGACGGAGCCGUGCGCGUAUGAUGGCAGAGCACCUGGGCGGUGCCCGCCUCCGCCCGUCGCCGCGGGAUGCC